AUGGCAUACGAGCUAAAGAACAAAGGCAAUGAGCGAUACAAAGAGGGGGACUUCCCAGGUGCUGAAGAAUUUUACUCUCAAGCAAUCCAGAAGAACUCGCAUGAGCCCGCUUUCUUUAGCAACCGCGCCCUGGUUCGAAUCAAAUUAAAUUCAUGGGCCGGCGCUGAACAUGAUGCACGCAUUGCAAUCGAUCUUUAUGGCCUUGACAAUCCCACCUCACUUAAAUCCCACUUCUAUCUCGCCCAAGCGCUACUAGGGCUUGGAAGACCCGCAGAAGCCUACGACGUCGCCCUAGCUGCCUACAAAACCAGUAUAGAACUCAUGAAUCCGAAUGCCGAACCGCUGUCAAAAACAAUACUACGGGCCAAGCAAGCGACUUGGGCGGUGAAGGAAACCGCGAGAUUGCGAGAGAGGGAUGAGACUUUGAGGCAGGUGGAGGAACUCAUGGAAUCCGAAUUACGACGGGAUAUGGACGAGCUACGUGAGCGAUUUGACGCUAACGAACUCGGUGCCAUUGGAUACGCCGAGGACCAGAGGAUAUUGCGAGAAGAAUCCCAGAGAAAGGUUAAUGAAGUUCGGGAGGUGUUUGCGGCAGCGAAGGGGAGUGAGAUGAAAGAAAGAAUCGUCCCCGACUACCUCAUUGACAGCAUCAGCUUUGAGAUCAUGCACGACCCGGUGGUCACCCCGUCCGGCCAGUCCUUUGACCGAGUGAGCAUCUUCAAGCACCUGCAGCAAAACUCAUUUGAUCCCAUCACGCGUGUUCCGAUGUCCAUCAAGGACCUUCGCCCGAACUACUCUCUGAAAGCGGCGUGCGAGGAGUUUUUGGAAAAGAAUGGGUGGGCGGUGGACUGGUGA